CUCCCGGGGAGACAGUGGCAAGAUGGCGUCCCUGGAUCGGGUGAAGGUACUGGUGUUGGGAGACUCAGGUGUGGGGAAAUCUUCACUAGUUCACCUUCUGUGUCAAAAUCAAGUACUAGGAAAUCCCUCAUGGACUGUGGGAUGCUCAGUGGAUGUCAGAGUUCACGACUACAAAGAAGGAACCCCAGAAGAGAAGACUUUCUACAUAGAACUGUGGGAUGUUGGAGGCUCUGUGGGUAGUGCCAGCAGUGUGAAAAGCACAAGAGCAGUAUUCUACAAUUCUGUAAAUGGUAUUAUUUUAGUACAUGACUUAACAAAUAAAAAGUCAUCUCAGAACUUGAGUCGUUGGUCAGUGGAGGCUCUCAAUAGGGACAUGGUGCCAACUGGAGUCUUGGUGACAAAUGGUGAUUAUGAUCGGGAGCAGUUUGCUGAUAACCAAAUCCCACUGUUGGUAAUAGGAACAAAACUGGAUCAGAUUCAUGAGACCAAGCGCCAUGAAGUUUUAACUAGGACUGCUUUCUUGGCUGAGGAUUUCAAUGCAGAAGAGAUUAAUUUGGAUUGCACAAAUCCACGGUACUUAGCUGCAGGUUCUUCCAAUGCUGUCAAGCUUAGUAGGUUUUUUGAUAAGGUCAUAGAGAAGAGGUACUUUUUAAGAGAUGGCAAUCAGAUGCCAGGUUUUCCUGAUCGAAAACGAUUUUUGGGAGGAACGUUUAAGAGCCUUCAUUAUGACUGAUGUACCUUCAUAAUGACUGAAGUACCCUCAUCCCUUGGAAGAAAGAGCAUGCAGUGGCAGUUGUCACAGCUUUCCUUUUGCUGUGUCAAUUAUUUACAUCUCGGCCUUUUGAUGGAAGCAUCUUUAAAAUGCUACCCUUUAGCCUUAUCCUUUAAUGGAAAAAUGAAAGGACAGCCCAACAGGGGGAGAUCCAAACUCCGUCCCCUGUCCUUUGUGCUCCCCACCUUUCUUCUGCCCCUGUUUAUAGAUCAUGUGACAGCCUGGUGAAAAUAGGAGGAGUUUUCACAAGGAUGCAGUAAAUGAGCAGUGACAAGGUACUGCAGAGAAAAUUUACUCUGGCUUGGAACUGAAGGGCUUUCUUUACGAGUCUGUAAUUUUCCCACACUUAUUGCUGAAGGCUAAAUUAAGUACUUCAAAGAUGUAUCUCUGUUAUUUAUUUUACCUUCUUGAGGGGAAAGGUUAGGUAACCAGUCCCGAGUUGUCCACCUCAAAUAAUCUCCCUCAUUUUCAAAGAAGCCAAAUGGUGUUAUUUAAUUGUCUCUACCCUCAUUACACAACAGGGAUGCCUAAAAAUAGCAACCCUCUCCUUUACUUUCUAAAUGGCUUGGUGGCUGAGAGGGGCAGACUAAUAGCUGGAGUUAAAUAUAAAUAGAGAUUAAUAAUACAUAGAGAACAGCAGGACCAGAAAAGAAGAAUUCUGUGAUAAACUGACAGCUUCUUCAUCCUUUAGGUUGCAGCUGUCUGCAGGCUCAUAAUGUUUUCUGUUUGGAUAUGGUAGGAAGAAAUCUAAAACCUGCACAAGGGCAGUAAGAGAUUGGAUGUUUACUCUUUGAUGUUUACGUUUUUCAAGGAAAUUCAACUCCUGACUUGUCCCUUAGCUAUACUCAGAAAACUAAGAAUAUGAUUUUUAUAUCAAAAAAACAAUGUAUUUAUGGGGGAAAAGUAAAAAUAAGAAACAUUUAUAUGAAUUAUGAACUAGAUUCUUAGUGUUCAUCGUCACUAUAAAGCUCUCUGCAUGUGUGUGUGUGUGUGAGAUCACCUGUGUUCUUUCCCUCUUUGCUGCAGUCCUCUGCUCUCCUGAUUUUACUUCAUAUUAAAAAGUAAUCAUUUUCAUUCUUGUUUUAAAAUGAGGUGAAAAAGAACUAAAUUCAUUUUCUCUUCCACGUUAAUUAAAUUUUAGAAGUACUCUGGAAGCCAAGGUAUACUGAGAAAGGAUAUUAAAAUGUUAGUGAGUGCUUUUGGAGCAGCAGUCUGGGGAAUUUACAAAAGCCUUUUGAAGGCACUUUUCAUCAGCUGAACUUUUCUCCUGUUCUUCUUCCCUCACUCACUGCAGCAGCUAGCACUGGUUGUUUUUGCUCAUUUUUAUUUUUUUUUAGAUAAAAUGGAGUCAUGCAAAUCAUGUUCUGUGUGUGAAAUGUGGCAAAGGUGUGUUGUGGCAGAGGCUAUAGAGUUGGGAAAUAGAAACCAAAUGCUACACAAGGGCCUAAAUCAUCCAAAACUCUUCGGAGUGUCCUUGUUAAAAAUAAAUCAAUGUUAAACAGCUUAACCAUAACCCACAACGGAAAUGUAGUGCAAGUACACUUGUUUAGCAUGUGUGAGACACUAGAAUUGAUCCUUAGUACUAUAAAAAUAAAAAUUGAAAUUGAAAAUUAAAAACUAAAUCUUUCCCUCUCUUCUUUUCAAAUUAAAAAAAAAUCCAUCCAAAUUUCUUUAUUUUCUUCCUUACUAAGAAACAAAAAUGAGCUAAGGAUUUAGCUCAGUAUCAGAGUAUUUGCCCUUGGUUCCAUCCCUAUCGCCAAAAUAAAUAAAUCCAUCACUGAUGGCUCCAGGGACAGCAUUUUUAAAAAAAUUAACAAUAUUCCUAGUUCCAUUUCUUCUUGUUACCAACCCAAUUCCUGGAAUUAUAGUUUCUAAGAUAAAGUUAAUUAUCUAAUGUAAAUUUCUUGCAAGAAUUUGUAGCAACAAAAUAAGGCUAUUUACCAAAAUGAACUUCAACAGCCAGACUUUUUUUUAAAGAAUGCUUUUAAAGCAUAAUUUUUAAGAAGUAGUCAUAAAAAUUGCCUAUAGAAAAUAUGUGAGCAUAAACGCACAAAUGGUUUUUAAUGUAUUUAGUUAACUCUUAAUUUUCCUACCUUCUAUAUUGGAUAAGUUGCU